AUGGCUUCAAAUACAAAAUUGUGCGCGGGAUGUUUAAAUAAAAUAACUAAUAAGGACUUUGUAACAUGUUCACUCUGCAAAGAUAUAUAUGACACAGUUUGCGCUAAUAUCUCUCACCAACGCCUUAUGCUGCUGGAGAAAGACAAGAAAGAGAAAUGGAUCUGCCCUGGUUGCAGGAAUAAAGAGCGAAAGGGUGGCAAUUCAAACACCCCCAUUCAGUCCAGAACGGGCCCGCGCGACUGUGGUGAUUCGUCGCAGGAAAUUAGUACUCCUAACAAUGAUUACAUAACACAGCGUAAAAAACCUCAACUACUUAGUAAUCAGAAGGUGAGUUCACCUACACAACCCGGAGAUGAAUCCUUAAUGCUUACAAUUAGAUCAGAAAUUAAAUCAUCAAUGGGAAAAUUUUUAAAUCAAGCUAUAGAGGAGUCAUCUAUAAAAAUGGAUUUAAGAACUAUAAAAGAGGAGUUAAGUUCCUUAAAAGAUAUCAAAAGCGGGCUUGAAUUUUUAAGUGCGGAAUAUGAUAGAAUGAAAAAAGAAUUAAAAACGUCAGAAGAGCACAUAAAGUCACUUUCAGCUGAAAACAGCAACUUACAUACAAAAGUGAACGAUUUAUCAAAUAGACUUGUUUUACUUGAGCAAUACUCGCGUGAGACGAAUAUUGAAGUGAAUGGUGUUCCGGAAAAUCUGAAUUACUACAUAAGAGAAGAAAAGAUACAGUCGCAACUGCCAAUCCUGUUAAAACUAAAUUUGCUAAAAGAGAAUACUCCACACAUUUUGUAUAGAUCUACAGUAAUUUAA